AUGGCAUUGUCUGCCGAGUUUCAAAGAUCAUAUCUGGAGAAGGACCGCUACCCGCGGAACUAUAUCCUGAAUGACAUCAAAACCUAUCCCAGCGCUUUAAAAGAAUGCAGUGAUAGGUUAGACUUGGUGGCCGGAGACCUUUUCGAACCCAAUUUGAAGGACAUCGAAGUUUCAUUUCGAGAUCUGAAACCCAACAACGGGACCAGCACAAGUAUGUCCAUUCAAGCCAAUCUUGGGUUGUUUAGAUAUAGUACUAAAUGCCCAGAAGAGAGCGCCAGAAACAAGGUCAUUCAUAGCCAUGAGGCUCUGACGAGAUAUAUGGGAAUUAGUCCAAGGUCAUCUAGCAGUGGUCAAUCAAAUCAAAUUGUUGCAGAAAUCAAAGACCCCAAGUGCCGAUUCAUUUAUAUCUUUGGGGAACAUACUCUAGCUUGCCUCAGAAUCACCCGUCCUAUGCUGACUGAAAUAUUCACAUUUCACCAAGUGAUGCCCGACUACCUAGAUUUCAUGUUUGUAUUUGGUCUACAGAGCGAGCCUCGAGACCAUCGAUUUAGCAGCUUUCGUGAACAGAGGUCAUUCAGAGCCAGCAAAUCAUCGCUAGCAAUUGAGCCACUUGCACGGUCUGGUCGUCAGUAUCAGCUCUGCUAUAACCUCAAAGGAGUGACCCUAAAAGGUCAGCACCCUGAAGAUUCAUCUCUUGACGAUUAUUCUAUUCGACCCGCCGCUUUUUACCAUCGUUUCGAUGUGGAGAAUGGGAAUGCCCUGUGGAUUGUCACUAAGGGAGGGCUUGAUAUCGAGGAUCGAUUCAAGGAGCUGACAGGUCCUGACGCCCGUCCCGAAGAUAAAUCAUUCAAUAAUUUGGACGAAUGUUUACGGUCAAGCUUAGCUGCUCACCUUCUGUUUUGUCACUGGUCUAUGGAAGGCUGGCGCGGUUAUAUCAAGUGGCUUGAAUUGAUCGUGGAUAAUGAAACAAAAAUCGCAGUGGUUGGCAGCAGUGAGCCAGGUCGGCAACGGCGAAUAUACACUGCUGGAGACAUUCAAAAGCUACUCAUGUACGAAGAAAGGAUUAGCGAAGUGAUCACAUCAUUAGAAUCCAACGUCGAAGUGAUGACGUCCCUAAGGGAUUUCUACGAAAAGCUCGUCGUGAACCAAAGUGUUGAUUUUGGUAAUUGCGCAUUCGAUAUUGACGACUUCACGAGCGAAUUGGGGCAUUUAAUUAACGACUUCAAACUUCAUAUAUCCAGAGCAAAGGCUCUGGUAAAAGUGAUCAGCAAUCGAUCAGAGCUCGUCAAGCAGCAGCGGAUGGAAAGACUAAAUAAGAAUCUGGAAAAUGAGGCAAUAGUGAUGCGGAUCAUCACAAUUGUCACACUACUCUACCUGCCCGCCACCUUUGUUUCGACCUUAUUCAGCACCGACAUCAUCAAGUACCAGGUCCAAGAUGAGAUACAGGCAGAGGGUACGUAUUCAAAAGUAGCAAUGUACCGCUGGUUGCAAGUGACGCUGCCUCUGAUGUUCAUCACAAUGAGCGCCGCAUAUGGAGGUAAAUUGUGGGCAGAGCGCCGAGCGAAUCGUUUAUCAGAGAAGCCGAGAAUAAAUCAAGCAGAAGAAGAAAAGGGGCGCCUACAAGAACAAUUCACCAAAACGUACGGGCAAAGUAAGAACGCCUUGCACCAAUGGGCUCGAUACGCCAAGAAUACGGGCGCAGAAAUCCUCAAAUCUUCGGCAGAUUCACUGGCGGGUUGUGUUCCGAAAGUCCAGUCCUCAGAAACUACCAUGACCCUCCCCAUGACCAAUAUUCAGAACCACAGACCAUCUGCCGGUGGAUGA